AUGGCUUCCAACGACCUCAAGAGUGACGCCGCAAUGCGGAAACUUGAAGAGUACAUCGAAAAGAUCUACUACUCUGAACGGUACUCAGACGACGAGUAUGAGUACCGCCAUGUUGUCCUCCCGAAGCCGCUGUUCAAGAUGAUCCCGAAGAACCUCUUUGAUCCGGACAACACUGGAACUUUGAGAUUACUGUCGGAGGAGGAGUGGCGAAGCAUUGGGAUCACGCAAAGCCUCGGAUGGGAGCAUUACGAAGUCCACGCCCCCGAACCGCAUGUCUUGCUUUUCCGUCGACCCAAGAACUUCGACGCGAUGCAAGCCUCAGGAACGAACGGAAGGGUUGCUGGAGGAGCGGCUAAGCCGAAGCGGAAGUGA